CGGCCGGUGAACCAUGGGCAUAGUGUGUGAGGCUAGUGUUGCCUACCAGGCCACUGGACACCUGUCCUAUUUGGAGCCUUAGAAACAAAAUUUAGCAAGACACUUAAAACUCUUGACAUUUCUUCAAAAUAAAAUACAUACAAGUGAUAACUAGCAAAAAAAAUAUACUACAAACUGAACGCAUAUUAAUACGUACAGAUGAAAGCUCUUGGGGUAACUCGGGCACUGCCACUGCUGACCACAGAUGUUGCUAGUAACACACUUGCUAUGCUGUUAUCAGAGUGCAACUCGUCUCUUGGUGUACAGAUCUUGAAUGCCGUUCGUUAUGAUUUUUCAACACCAGUUGGAGAAAUUAUUGCUGAAAUAGAUAUUGCUAUACAGUCUGCCAGCAUGGCUGGUGUCCUUUUGACAGCAGAUCCCAGAGUGCUAGAGUUGGCUGCUGCUGCAGCUGCUGACAAACAUUCACAUGUACCGUGGUUUGUAAUGGCAGAAAACUUUGUUGAUUUUCUUAAAGAAGCAGUUUCUUUUAAGUAUUUAAACAUUAAAAUUGUCGAAUAUGGGGUUUUGAGUCUGUUAAUGUGAAUAUGCCACAUCAUAUUUUUGACAAGGUUCAUAAAUUUUCACACUGUAAAUUAUGCAAAAAUACCCAUACAUAAACACCAAUUGUUGGUGGCUAGAUUGCUUGCUUUAUGAUUUUAUCUAUUUUAAUUGGGGAAUGCUAAAUCCAUAGGGUCAAACAACACCUGAGGAAUGGUAGUAUUGUAAUUCAGAUUCGAUCCAAAGAAAGGGAGGAUAAGCCCAAUUCCUUGUAUCAAGAGCUCCUCACAUCAAGGCACCUUCCUUGAGUGGUGCUUAGGUUGAUAAGGGUGGAGAAAGAUUAUCUGCAUGAUAUGAUGGUGACAAAAUCAUUGCCCACAGGAAUGGGUUUGGAGAGCAACUUAAUUCAAAAUAGGAGGUUGUGAAUCUCUUAAGAGAAGGCAAAUACAGUACUAUAUAUGCAGCUUUUAGACUUUUUUUUUUUAACAUGUCGUCCAUUUCCCACCGAGGCAGGGUGACCCAAAAAGAAAAAAAAAACUUUCAACAUUUUCUCAGUCGCUCAUACAUAAUCAUUGUCUUUGCAGAGGUGCUCAGAUAUGACAAUUUAGGUGUCCCUCCAAACUGCCAGUAUCCCAAACCCCUCCUUUAAAGUGCAGGCAUUGUAUUUCCCAUUUCGAGGACUCGAUUCCAACUAACUGGUUUCCCUGAAUCCCUUAACAAAAUAUUACCCUGCUCACAGUCCAGCUCGUCAGGUCCCAAAAACCAUUCAUCUCCAUUCACUCCUAUCUAACACACACACUUUACCUCCUUUACCCUCCCUCCCUCCCUCCCUCAACCUUGUCGAGGACGACUCCUACCUUGCUUCCUAAAUUUUGCUUGUACAAGCUCAGUAUGUUAAGAGGAGCAUGACCAAAUAAAUGCAACCAGGCUUAACAUUAUCAGAAGGCAGGGUAGCUUUAUGUAUCCAAUCCAUUACUGGGUCGUGGGGGUGUUGACCCCUGGAACACCCUCCAGGUAUGCUCCAGGUAAGUACAGCAAUUUUUAUAAGUAAUUUUUAUAUUCUGUAAUAGCAAAACUUGCCAACCUAAGCCCAUAAUAAGCUAUUGUAUUUACCUUCUCUAUAUACCAUUCACUUGAUACCUAUUUUUUUCAUACCAAGCCAUGUUAAUAUUUGAUAUUCAGCCAAGUGUCAGUUGGUGUCCACCAUUACUCAGUACUGUCAACAGUCAACCUUCACUCGUUUAGUCCUUAAUCCUUCAAUUGUGUCUAGACUACAUCCAAUUAGGGCUCUGGUUUUGCAAACUUAAGAAUUUGUUUAAUACUAUUUCCUCUGUUAAUACCCUUGUAUAGCUUCAGAUGUAUAUAUUAAAUAUAUUUUUUUUAUAGUUUCUUUAAUGCAAAAUGCAACUAACAUCUAAUGGUAAGUAUUCGUGUAGCAGAAAUAGAAAUGUGCCAAUCCACUUGUAAACUCGAAACAGGAGGAACUUUUUAAAACAUCCGUUCCUUUAUCUUUUAUUGCAUUAUGCAGUU